AUGUCGGCUACCGAAGUCACUUCAAAGACGGUGACAACGUUCUCACUGGAAUCCAUUCAUGGAGCUGGCCAGGAUGGCUGGAAUUUUGGUUAUAAUCGAAACGAUCCAUCGACACGGAAGGCGGCUAACUUGCCUUUUACCCAUCGUGGGGGCAUCUUCGCUCGUUAUGGCAUUGCCCAUGAGCAUUUUGUCUGGGAUUUGAAAUCAGAGCCACAGUUGAUUGGAAAAUUUGCAAAGAUAUGGGGCACCGACGAAUUGUACGUGUCUUUCGUGACGGACCGUUUGUCGCAAGGGCCGAAUACCAACCAAAUUGCGGACAAGGAAAAGUUAAAGUUGUUCCUCGAGGAGAAGAGAGGUUAA